GCCACCUCCUCUAACGAUGAUGUACGUGAUUAAUUAUAUCCCACCACCUUUCCUACCAUUUUGGGCAGGAUGGCCUUAUGGUCCCAUUCUCUCUUUUCACUUCUUCUAAUAGGCCUCCUGUCUCUCCCCUUCCCUCUCCAUCCUACCACCGCCGCCGCUGCCGGUAUCCGUCUCAGCAUUAUCCGAAAGCCCUCCCCCAAUGUCCCUAUAUUUCGGGAAGCCCCCGCCUUCCGGAAUGGGGACGGCUGUGGCUCUGAUAAAAUUCACAUUUCCAUGACAUUGGAUUCUAAUUACCUCAGGGGCACCAUGGCCGCCGUCCUUUCCAUUUUGCAGCAUUCAACAUGCCCGGAAAACCUCGAAUUCCACUUCCUAUGGGCACGCUUUGAGCGCGACAUCUUCUCCAGCAUCAAGUCCACCUUCCCUUACCUCAACUUCAAUGCAUACCGCUUUGAGUCCAAUCGGGUACGUGGAAAAAUAUCCAAAUCAAUACGCCCAGCACUAGACCAACCCUUGAACUACGCACGCAUAUAUCUUGGGGACAUUAUUCCUGCUGAGGUGAAACGCCUUAUAUACCUAGACUCUGAUCUCGUAGUUGUGGAUGACGUCGAAAAGCUCUGGGAGGUGGAGUUGGAAAACAAGGUUUUGGCUGCACCAGAAUAUUGCCAUGCAAAUUUCACGAAGUACUUCACGGACAUGUUUUGGUCUGACCCAAUAAUGGCUGGGACUUUUAAGGGUCGAAGACCUUGCUAUUUUAACACGGGAGUGAUGGUGGUGGAUGUGGAAAAGUGGAGGGAAGGAAGUUAUACUUGGAAGAUGGAGGAAUGGAUGGUAUUGCAGAAACAAAAGAGGAUAUACCACCUGGGAUCUUUGCCGCCAUUUUUGUUAGUUUUGGCUGGGGAUAUUAAGGGUGUCGAUCAUAGGUGGAACCAGCACGGGCUUGGCGGAGACAAUAUUGAAGGGAAAUGCAGGAGUUUGCAUCCGGGGCCUGUUAGCCUACUUCAUUGGAGUGGUAAAGGGAAGCCAUGGCUAAGGUUGGAUUCAAGGAAGCCCUGCAUUGUCGAUCAUCUCUGGGCCCCAUAUGAUCUCUACCGUUCAUCGACUCACUCUUUGGAAGAAUAUUGAGAAAAAGGAAACCAUGCGCGCAUCAUGCAUUCAUGCAUGGUUGGGCCGGGGUUGAACUUUUUGGCGGAUUUAUGGGUUGGCCAGUUUGGAUGCCAAAUUCAUCUUAUAAUUAAUUUAUCUAAUUAUUAUAAUUUUUU